AUGAGUGAACUAACACCGAUGCGAAAAGAUGUCUACAGUAAAACAUUGAUUGAAAUAGGUUCUCUGGUUGGUGCCGGCACAAAUGCGUCGUUUGAUCCGGAACGUUUGUCGGGUUCAACUGUGCAUAGUCUAGUGUCGCACAUCAAUCUAUUGAAACGCAACAAUAUACCAUUGGUGGAGUCGGUCAUAACAAAUGAUGUACACAAACUGUUGGACUCUUUGAAAUUGAAAAAUGGUAAACCACUCAAAGAUUCAUAUAAAUUUCAAAUUGGUAUGACUAUUAAGCGGCUAUUUCCAAAUGUUGCUGUCGAUUUGAGACGUUACAAUCGCAAUCGUAUCUACGAACCAACACGUGUCUCUUCACCACACUUUAUGGCAAAUGUUAUGAAAAUAAUAAAGAGUGCCUCGCAGCUGGUGAAAAAAACAUACAAGAGCGGUAUAACCGAUAUUGGCGUCUACAAUACGGCUCUGGUGAUUCUAUUGUCAAUCAGCACAAGUUUGCGUAUAACUGAAAUAUUACAAUUGAAAAUGACAGACAUACCGUUGAUACGCAAUCGCCAGUCGGUAAAUAUCAGAACCAAAGGCAGCACAAAACCACGAACGUUUAUGCCCAACGAAACACUGUUGAGUGUACUUUUGGCAAUUGAACAUCAACGCUCAACAAUUGUUGACUACAUGAGCUUGCAAGUGGCCGACAUGCAUGUGCUAAAAAUGCAAGAUCGUUUGCGGAAAAAUUUUAUAGUUUUGUGCUCUGAAUCGUAUAUGCGUCGCAAACUGAAAGAGCUAGCUGCUCCAGUAAUAAAAUUGCCUGACAACAAUAGAAAUAUUCUUGGUUUUAAUAUAUUUCGUCGUGCAACAACUACACUCUUGGUGUCUGAAGGUGGACACGACGUAGCACAGGCUAUCAACAAUCAUUCAGACUUGAAUACCACAUUGAAACAUUACAAUGUCCAAAGUGUACAAGCCAGCGAAGAUGCAUUCAAUCGUUUGGAAACUAUGCGCCGUGAAUUGUUUCCAAAACCGUUGAUCACUGCCAACGACGUUCGCCUACGUCAAGUGAAUAGACAACCAAUAACCAGUAUGGAAAUUGACAUGAACAUGGAUGAUGAUGAUGAUGAUGAUGAUGUGAAUAGCAACAACUAUCGACAAGUUCAUGUUUUACCAGAUUCUCCGCCACCUUCAAAUGCUCCAGCUCAAUUAUUUUGAAUGUAAACAAAAAUUAAA